AUGUUCGGAAAACUUCUCCUCCUCUUUAUUCUCGUUCCCGCGAUCGAGCUCUACCUCUUCUUUACCAUCGGCAAAGAGCUCGGGCUUUUUAACACCAUCCUCGUCAUCAUCAUGACGGCUAUCAUCGGAGCGGCCCUUACCAAAUCUCAAGGUCGGCAAGUCCUCGCCAACUUUCAAAACGCCACCGCCAGCGGCAAACUCCCCGCCAAAGAAGCUCUCGAUGGCGUCCUCAUCCUCAUUGCAGGAGCCGUCCUCCUCACCCCCGGCUUCCUCACCGAUGCCUUCGGCUUUCUUCUCCUCAUCCCCCCCGCCCGAAACAUCAUCCGCAACUUCCUCGCCAAACGCCUUAAAGGAAAA